UUGUUGCAGUCAGGAAGAGGCGUGUCAACUGCCUGUGGAGGUAGGAAGUGUGGGCAACUUGCUGCGACGCGACGGCUACUUGUGUUUGUUUGAGGAAGUGGACAGCUAACCUCUUCUGAGACAUGUCUGCUAGGAACCCGGGAAUGAAGCUUGACCUGGAGUGGGUGUCCAAGGUGAGAGUCAAUACCCAGGCCGUCCUGAAAAGAGCACAGCACAUCCAAGGACGUAAGCUGGCCAAGAAACAGUGGCAGGCUGCCUGGCUGCUAAAGGCUGUUACAUGUAUCGACCUGACGACUCUCGCUGGAGAUGAUACACCAUCCAACGUCCAUCGGCUGUGUCUGAAAGCCAUCCAGCCUGUUCGAUAUGACCUCCUCAAGAGCAUGGAUAUGCAUGACAAAGGAGUGACCACUGCUGCAGUCUGUGUAUAUCCAUCUCGUGUGGCAGACGCUGUCAAAUCACUGAAAGCAGCCAAUUCCAGCCUUCCUGUUGCCUCAGUGGCCACAGGUUUCCCGGCAGGCCAGACACCACUGAAGACCCGCCUGGAGGAAGUCCGCAUGGCUGUGGUUGAUGGUGCCACCGAGAUCGACAUUGUCAUCAACAGGACUCUCGCCCUCACAGGACAGUGGGAAGCCAUGUAUGAUGAGAUCUGUCAGUUUCGAGAGGCUUGUGGUGACGCCCACAUGAAGACCAUCUUGGCUAUCGGGGAGUUGGGGACCUUCACCAAUGUCUACAAAGCCAGCCUGGUGGCCAUGAUGGCUGGGUCCGACUUCAUCAAGACGUCCACGGGGAAGGAGGCUGUCAACGCUACUUACCCCGUUGCCAUAGUGAUGGUGAGAGCCAUCCGUGACUACUUCCUGUGUACAGGCCACAAGGUGGGCUUCAAGCCGGCAGGGGGGAUCCGGACGGCCAAGGAGGCGCUGGUGUGGCUCACCCUAAUGAAAGAAGAGCUGGGUGAUGACUGGCUCCACCCACAUCUGUUCCGCCUGGGAGCCAGCAGCCUGCUGGCCGACAUUGAAAGGCAGAUUUAUCAUUACGUGACUGGGCAGUAUGCAGCCUUUCACGAGCUCCCUAUGGCAUGAAGCUGUGGAGAUCCCGACCAAACAGAACCACAGGUUCAUCAGACAAGGGGAUCACUGUUCAUUAAAUCUUAAGGGCAGCACGCCUCUCCUGAUACCGGACUCCAGAAUCCAGUGGACUUUAUUAAUGACCAUUUAACAUGACAAGAGAAAAUAGGUUGCCUAGCCAUAGAGUGCAUGAAUGCACUCAUAUACAAACACAUACAUACUAAAAAAUGUGCAAACAGCUGCUUCACCUUUACACUAUUUUGUUGACAUAAGAAGCCAUCUGUCGGUUAUGAUGAAGGAAAUGCUUACUUACAUCAUGUUUGCUUCCUUUUAAGUGAAGCAGGAAAAACUGCAAAGAUUUCUUAGAGAAAAUGAAGAGUUAAGAAAAUAUUUUUUAUCAGUGUUCUCUCAUUUAGAUAAUCAAAUUAUUCUAAUUUAAAUUUAAUACUUCAGGAGCUCUUAUCAGAAAAAGACACUGUACUUCACAAAAACCAAUAAAUGUCAAAAUACAUU